AUGGCCAUUAAACCGAAGGCAGCGCACCAGUCCGGCAAGCUGGAUGUUGAAGAAGACAGAUGGUGGGGCACACGCGCCAGCUGGGCCCCGCGAGUGGGGGAGCGUGGAGCACCUUGUUUGGGCGAGUGCGGCCGGGAGGCGAGCAGAAGGAGAGCCAGAGAUGGCUGGCGAUCGACGAAGCUCUUCCUUUGCCACCCAGCUAUGCCCCUGGGGCGAAUUCCACUCUCUCUUGAGAUCAGGAAAGGAGGAGGAGGGACGGAGAGGGAAGAAGCAGGAAGCUCCUCAGAUUCUGGCAACCUUGAUCAGGAACGGAGGAGGAGGGACGGAGAGGGAAGAAGCAGGAAGCUCGUCAGAUUCUGGCAACCUUGUAAGUUCCUCACAAGUUAUAUUUAUUGCUGCAACCGGGAGGCGAGCAGAAGGAGAGCCAGAGAUGGCUGGCGAUCGACGAAGCUGAGAGAGAUGAAGGAGGCGUCGGAGAUGGUCGCCGGGCCCAAGUGGAAGAACUUCAUCAGGAGGAUUAGCGAGUAUAUAUUUCAACAAGAAAUACUGGAACCAGUUUCAGUACGAUCCUCGAAGCUAUGCUCUCAACUUCGUUCGAUGACGGAGCUGGGGAAGACGACGAUGGCUACAUCUUUAGCUAUUCUUCAAGGUUUUUCGCUCCUUUAUCCGGUGAACGACAGAGAGCAGCGCUGGGUUGUGAUUAUUGUUGUUUCUCGGAGGAUUGCCUACACGUUUGGUGUUUCCGACUACACAUGGUGCCGGCUAAUGAUUUGAUUUAUGUCUAGUAUUUUUAUGAAAUUUAUUUCUUUGAUUCACAAAUUAAAUUGCCUGGUAUGUUGAUUCACACGUUGUGUACUCGAUUUUAUGUGUACUCGUUCGGCUCCAAUUUCUGUA